CUGACCCAGGCCCAGGACCCAGGACCCAGGACCCAGGACCCAGGACCCAGGACCCAGGACCCAGGACCCAGGACCCAGGACCCAGGACCCAGGACCCAGGACCCAGGACCCAGGACCCAGGACCCAGGACCCAGGACCCAGGACCCAGGACCCAGGACCCAGGACCCAGGACCCAGGACCCAGGACCCAGUAUUCUUCUUGGGGUCAUUGGGACACCAAUGGGUCGUAGGCUUCUGA